AAAAGGAAAUCUCAAACUAAACCCAUAUCUUCGUUACCAAAACGAUUGAAAUCUAAUGGAAAGCUGAGCGCCAAUGAGGACAUUGGCGUGAAUUCUCAACCGAUAAAACCUCGAAAAUCAUCUCAAGACUCAUCAAAUGUUGUGGCCAUAGAUAUGGACGCUCUGUCCCCAGAAGUACAAAAACAAGCCAUCGUUGAGACGCCAAUUAACAAAGAGAUUGAAACGGACAACACGUUUGCGAGCGAAUCGGAUAACGUUAACUCAUGUGAUAUUAAUGUGAAUAAAAAGGUCACAAUUUAA